GAUUCACAAAAAAGCAUCCGGUAUUUCAGUUUUGUCUUAAAUUCCGGUAUUGCCAUACAAAAAGUAGUCGAAUAAAGAGAUUAUUCCAGUAUAUCCAAGAUUUCAGUGUAUCCCAGUCCAUUAUAGCUAGGUUCUACUAUAGCUGCUACUAGCAAUGCUUACACAAAGUCAAACCCCUUGAUCAAUGGCAUAUUUAAUUUAAGCUUAUAUAGGAAUAUCACUACGUGUUUCCCAUCUGCCUACAAUAAAGCCAAAGCCAUUAUAUCAAUCAUAUGUUUGUAUCUGCUUGGAGAGAUUCUACGAAAGCAAGCUGAAUUAGAUCAAAAUAUUCUUCAAAUCCCGCAAAAUGUCUGGACAUCAGAAAAGGAAACAAAGUCACUCCGAGGAUUCUAUCUCAGAUCAGACAUGCACUCGCUGCCGUGAGCGCAAGAUUCGUUGUAGCCGUGAGCUCCCACAAUGCAACAACUGCGAGCAAGACGAUAGCGUGACAUGCAUUUACCAAAAUCCUACCAAAAGAGUCAAUCACCUAAAAUCACUAUUUGACAGCGUGAAUGGAGUCAAAGAGCGCCUAAUCAACAUAGAAUCGUAUCUCGGUCGCCUUUCUAACAACAUCGCACAAAAUACAGACCAGGAUUACUCUUCCUCAAACUCAUCGACACGACAAGCGUCUGUGGGUGGAAGCUCCGAUGGAGAUGACGAUGAAGAUUAUCCGACGAGCCCUUCCCUAUACAGCGAAGAUUUCGCCGACUUUCACCUCUUUUACAACCAGGUGGAUAGAGUCGAUUAUUAUCACGGCCCACUAUCACUUUUUUUUCUCUGCAAGCAGUUUCAAUCUUGUGUUGUUUCUGCAAACAAUGCUGAAUGCAAUGCUACUUUACCUGAUAUGCUGCAGAGUUUAUGUGAAAGGGCCGGUGCAAUCGAACCAUUCCCACCUUUCGGAAGCCAGCCCGUUAUCAACCUUCUACCAAAACAACAAUUCACCACCAUUAUUAGCCAUUUCUUUCAGCACGUUGACUGUGAAACCGAUAUUUUCGUAAAGGGUAAUCUCAUUGCCCAUGUCGAACGUAUAUACUCGAAUAAUCCUGAGCCUGGGGAUGACGUAUGGGCCAUCUGUUUUCAGGCCAUUACAGUGCUUGUUUGGGGGAUGGAAAUUUCUGCCCAAUCAGGCAACGGUCUAUUUGGCGACUUCGCACGUUCUUUCCUCCCGAGUCGAGCUGCGCUGGUUAAUUCUCGAUUACUGACUACGCCAAGACUUAUCAACGUUCAGACUUUAAUACUUCUAAGCGUCGCAGCACAAAAAUUUGACCCGCCAGGAUGGGCUGAACUUAUUUUCACCAACGCUUGUGGGCUUGCAAGAACCAUGGGACUUCACCAAACACAAAUCUUUCCCGAUGAAAACAAUACAUAUGAAACAUUGGAGCGAGCAAAAGUCGUACAGUCCCUAUACGUUAGGGACAAGAGUUUGUGCACUACUCGAGGUGCCGUCUCCUGGCUGCCGACCCACGAUUGCAAUAUCGCUCCUCAACUAAGCGCUGCGAUAGAACGCCAGGUGCCUUAUUCGGAUAAAAUACAACUAGCAAUGAUCCAAGAUGAUGUUUACCGCUUGACGCACACUGCCUCAUUUCGGACAAGUAAGGUUAGAAAGUCAAAAGCUUCUAAAUUACUGCUAUCCGUCGAACGCCAACUGGACCAAUAUACACAAUUUUUUGGUAUUCUGAAUUACAAAGCCUCCUCUUACAAUCCUCGCCGCUCCAUGUUGACUUUGGAGUUUCUGGCUACCCGUAUACUUGCUCUACAGCAUGGAUCUGGGCAAAAACAUUCCGAACAAUUACGUUCCGAUGCAAGAGCCAGUUGUCUGUUAUUGCUGAUAGCAAACGGAGUGCAAGAUCCUCAAAUAGUCGAUGCUUUCAACGAUCUGGCUUAUCAAAAGACCGCCAAUCCUAACCGGGAUGAGAAGCUACCCACCAUUAAAGCGAACACAGCCUCAUUUGCCAGUAUACUUGACGCUUUCUCACUGCCAGCAUUCUUUAUACUGCUCAAAGACCUCCUACAGUCCUCAAAUAAUGACCUCGGGUCCAAUGCCGAUCUUGAAUUAUUGCGCAGAGUAUCCACUUGCUAUAUCAACAGCACAGAGCGGAUGCAGUCCAAUAGCUACCACCGCAAGGUGGCGUGGGCAUUCGAGCAGCUACUUAUAAUAAUCAAUUUGAUGAAGAAUCCCGAACAGCAUCACCCGAUAUCUAUUGCUUCAACAGCAUCCAUGUCUGAUAUAAUGAUGUCUCUCAAUACCCAAACGGAUGAUUUUUUCAAGAUCUCCCCACCAGACUCAAUAGGAGACGGAUCUAUUCUCUCUUUCUCACCACAAACUGCUGCGAGCACACCUUUUUCUUGGGACAUCGGCUCAUCCCUCCCAUCUUCAUUGGGACCAUACACACCCUUCGGUUCGGCAUAUUCUACAGAUGCUUCAGAUGCUGGUAUAUCAGAUAUACUCAACCAAUUGAGACAAAGCGGUACCAACGGUAGCCCAGAGCAAGCUAUGAAAUGGCCUGAACUGGCCCCUGAUUUUCCCAGGAAGCGUUUGCGAACUCACGAAGAGCCAAGUAUUUCAACAGAGAAGAAUGGGUCGAUUCAUAUGAGUUUUAAUACUCAAGACAAAAAGUUUUCUUCCACAAAUGUAGUGUAGCAAUAUAAUAUAAAUUAAAUCAAAUAUGUCACUGUCA